UAUAGCGGCGAGCUUCCGGUACAGAUAUAAAUCCAAGCCAUCAUCAUUGGCUAGAUUACCCAGCAAGACGUUAAUCCUACUAGGUGGUAUAGCCGGAAUGAAGUUAGGAUCAGCUCUGCGGUAACAGAUUUUCGGAAUGAUAGCUAUAGUUCGAGGUUCGUAAAAGAGCAUAACUGACACAGACAUGAGACAUAACUGACUGAAUUCAGAGACAAGGUGGAGACUGAAUCAGAAAUACCACCCGGACAAAGAUGCUUUGUGCAUGGUACAAGUUGUCUUUUGAAAUCCGGCUUUCUGGGGCAGUGUUGGUUUUUUUGUCUUUUUAAAAUAAGAUAAGAUAAUAGAAGGUAAUAUAAUUGAGUUUCUAAAAAAAAUAAAAUAACCACAGUAGCGACAAACUACUAAGUUUCUUGAUUGACUUCAGGAAAAUAGCCAAACCAAUACGCAACAACAGCAGCGCAAAUAAUAGCUGAGCGGGAAUCCUUACGCUUAACUCUAUAAUAUGAAAAUACCCAACAAGAUUGCGCGAUAUACUCAUAUAUAGUCAUACUGGGCGAGAUGUAAACGAAUAUGACUAUACAUGCGGAAACGGCUAUUUUAGCAGUUUCGGGAAGGGUUACAACGGAAGGCAGAAAUUCAACGAGUCCGAAAAAUUUUCCUUCGUUUUUUAGCACCCAUUUAGAAUGAGUGCUGUUCUCUGAUUUCAAAUAGAGCCCGACAUCAGUUCUCUGAAAAUCAACAUAAAAGUUGACCAUGAAAAUAGUUGAUACGAUUGUAAUCAACAAAAACGUCCCAUUAUUAGUAGCAGUCUUUUAAGGAGUGAAGAUGUCUUGCCCUAUUUCCUGCAAAUCAAAAAUUUUUGGUUCCUCUUUCUGAACGGGCGGAGGGUUUUCUGUCCUCGUCAUCGGACGGGAUGGAGCCCGAAUCGAUGUAACACCCAUAUUUGUCACGGGUGUCGUUUGACCGUUGAAAGUUCGUCGUAUGGAUGAAUCCACGAGACAGAUAGAUGUGAAUUGAAGAUAUUAACUCGUAUGGAAGGCCGUUUGCACCUAUAAAUUAAAAACUGAAAAUAUAUUUUUCUUUACCACACAUUUUUGUGUGCAUUUUUGCACGAAGACAAAAAAUACAUGAUGACAAGUGAAACUGCCUCAUAUUUAUGCCCACGAUUGCGACGCCAGUUAUACCAAAAAAUCACUGUGUAUAGAAAAUUAUGAAUCAUUAUAAAGAUAUUUACAAUUGUGCGUAAAAUAUGUAGAGUGCAAAAUAAAAGAAAAAAUACCUGUCAAAUUGUCCCUGCUAGUCUAAUAUCAUAAACCACCGUGAAAAAAUUAUCGCUAAUUGAGCCGUGGACUGUCAUCUGAGGUAUUUUUUGAUUGAACUGUCAGAGUAGAGGAUGAUUCUGUGUCAAUGAAUAGCAACUAUGUGGUGUUUUUUUUGGCAAUGAAGAACGUAUGGACAGUUCCCAUGUUUAAAAUCAUUCGGUGCAUGAUUGAGCCUGGAAUUUUUGAUGAAGGCUGAGGAGUACUUCUUCUCAUUUUCCCACUUACUAUUGUCAACAUUGUCUAGAAAUCGAUUAGAGUAGUCCGACAAUGUUGCAAUGUAAUUUGAACAGAUGUUCUCUCCACAUUGGCCUCUACUACAAUAAACUACUUAGUUGGAAGGCUGGUAAAUAUACUCAAGUGAGUAAAGCAAACUGUUCUUCAACUGAGUUAUCAUUAUCAUAAUUUUGUUACCAUUUUUUUGUUCGAAUACCAGUUUAUUACAAAUAUGUAAACUGACCUUGUUACUAUACAUCCUUUCUUAAAUACACUCUGGCGAACAAUCUUCAGUUAUGAGGGUGUCUUCGUCAGGAUACAAAUUACUAUAUGACUGUGUGUAUUUCUUGUACAAACUAAGUCUGUCGAGUCCGCUACACCAAUUAGAAGGAGGGUGGUCUUGCAGUCCAGUGCGCGGCCUACCCAGCGCAGCUGCGCGUCCUCCGCGUAUCGCAACAGUCGCCAUGUCUCCUCUGGUGUGCUCCCAUCGAAGCCGUAACACUGACUCAACAGUUUGGACACAGAAGACAAGGGCAUCCAGAACCGUGUCGCGUCCCCAACAUCGUCACCCGCGAGGUACAGUUCGUCCCCUUCCAGCACCAGAGACCUCCUGAGAUCCGCCCCAGUGGGAUGGAAAGUCUCCACUUUCCUCACUGGCGGAGUAGCAGGCGGAGUCCUGACGAUGUCCGGAGCGUUUUGUUCGCCAAACGACGAGUAGUCCUCCGCAUUCGGGUAUAUUAACCUCAAUGCGGAGGAUUUCCUUCCUGCCAUUAUUUUUGCUCGAGGGGCUGCAACUGGGGGCACUUCCACCGGUGUGGGCAAGUCGUCCUCCAGCUCCAAGUUUAAAUUCGGGCUCUAGCUCCAAGGAUACAACGCCACUUGUUCUUAAUUACUCCAUCCACCCUUUCCACACAGUUCCGCGCUAAAAUGUGUGCAGCCGUGCAGCGGCCCUCUGGAGAAUCGGGGUCUGCACCGACGAUUGGAACCAGCAACCAGGAUUUCAAAGGAUAGCCGCUGUCACUAGUGUGUUUUGUAAGCUGGUCUCGUUUAUCUUGGACCUGGCAUAAUUCUAGGCAAACAUAGAUGCUGAUAUUUGAGAAUACUCAGCAUUAGACAAGAUGGUCUGUUCGUCCGACCGGAUAUGACUCUCUACACCAUCGAUGUGCUCUUUGAUCGCCUUUUGAGAAAGAUAAGUAUAUAAUCCCAUGCCUAACGAGACUACACCAAAUAUCGUGGCGGCAAUUGGAAUUCCCGCAAAUCUCUUGUUUCUGAGAGAUUGCUGAGAGCGAUUGAGAAUCUGAUUGCAAUGUGUUCCAGGUAGGGUGCAAGGUGUAUCACCCUGACCGUAAGAUGUUUUUGGCAAUGACUGAAUAAUUUUGGCAGUCCUUGCCUGGAAAUCUUUCUUUAAAUCUUCAUGGCCCGAACUACAAUGCCAUAGUUCGAGAGUCACCAGCUAGAGUUUUUAAGUUUCUGUAGUCGCCGUAAACGGCGAUGAUGCCCAACGCUUCUUGGUACUGCGUCACAAGAGCGUCUCUCUUUUCAGAAUAGGCAAAGUAUUUUUAUGAAGCGCCAUCUGCAGAAAAACUCGCUGCAAAUUCUCAGGCAGGUGUUUAAGUGCAUCGGUGGCAUCGGUGGCAUCGGCUCCAGAGAAAACUGACCUGCUAAACAACAACAACAACAAAUCGACCCUAACCCUACUCGAGUGUCAUGAAUUUAUUACAAUUUGCAAUUUACAAUGCCGUUUAUUGCUCUUGUUUUUCUUACUGGAGGUUUAAGUGUUUUACAUUGUAAGUACCAAUUAGAGGCUUUUUUCUUAAUUUUAUUUGUGGAAUUUCCAUCUUGAGGAAUUAUGCUUACUAGCUGUUUGUCGCGUGCUUCAUGCACCUCUAGUCACUUACAGUAUUUGGCUCGCUCCGCUAAUCCCUUUUUGGUGAACUUUCAUGCAUAGUAGAUCAGGUGCGUCUACCUACAAAACCUGCAUGUAUUAUCGGCUGUUCAGCUUGCAGCUUUAUGAAAUGAUUUAAAUGAGACUCUGCUGGGUACUGUCAUGAGAUAAAUGGUUUCAAAUGUUUGAGACUGCGGAUGAAAGCUCCGAAAAAAAUUUCAGGCCCCCUGUUUAGAUGAUAGAAAUUAUUUUGUUUGGAAAUUUCUUGGCUUCAAUUCCUGCUUGACUCGAACCAUCCUUUUUCAUUGAUAUCGCCAGGGCAGCACAUCAUGCUACCUUGCAUAUUACAACGUUAUCAUGACAAGUUUUGGGGUCAGGAAAUCUCCGAUGUUUUAGCAACAAAGCUCUGAUGUGUUACAUAAUUUCUUUCAGAAUUUUCCGAAAGCUCCAAAAACUCCAAUUAUCUAAUCCCUACAAAUGUUUAAAACUAUCCAGGUACACAAAAUUUAGCAAACUUUUGGGCAAAAUUUCAGAGAAAUUGUGCGGAAAUGGCAUUCAAUCAGUCUUAAAGAAUAAAUUGUUAAAACUAUCUUGGAAAAGAUAUGAAAGUUCUGAAUAUUGGACAUAACUCUGUGGACUGGGGACACUGAUCAAUACUUCUUAAACCUUGCUCUGUGUGUAACAGUACAUACUUCGUCAUAGAUCAGAAUUCAUCCCGUUCACUCCCUCCCUUGAUCACAUUUAGUAUAGUUCACGCUAACCAAUUUAUUGUGUUAUUUUUUUUAUCAUGUGAUUUUUAUGAAUGACAAUGCUCUAGUUUGUGCCAUUAUUUUUGUUUCCAGAAAUCUGUUAGGCAUUGUUGCUGAGGCUUUCAAUUCAUUGAAAAAUCAAGAUAUUUUCUCUCACGCUGAAAAUGGACUUCUUUGAGAGGGUGCUUAGAAAUUAUGAAACUGUGACAAACUGUAUCAGGCAACAAAAUGCAGAGCUUUUAUCACUUCAGUUACCAACUUUUUCCGAAAAUUAUAAUUUGUUUGCUCGUAUUUCUGAAAAUAUUGAUGAUGUUGUUACAAGCUGCUGGUUAUCUGGUCUUUUGAAUCUUUUUCGAGAUCGAAUGGUGGAGUGUGAAAAUUUGUUGGCCAGAUCAUCAACUGAAGUACCGCUUAAUGUAUCUUGUAUUAAUUUGCCAUUGUUACGUGAAGGGCGCAAUGGUAGAGCCAGAAUUCAUAUUCCAGCUGAUCAAGUGAUUGCAUUAAGGAAUUGUGGUAUUGCUUGGAAGAAAAUUGCUCAGAUUUUAAAUAUUUCACGUGAUACUUUACGGAAUGCUCAGAAGCGAAACCACAUUGAAGAUCCGAGAAGUUACCAAGAUGUGAGUGAUAAUGAGCUAUUGACUGUAAUAGCCGAAAUCAAACGAGAACACCCUUCAGCUGGAUACAGAUACGUGUGGUCAGCAUUGAAAUCUAGAGGUAUAUUUGUUCCAAGACGUCGAUUGAUGGCACCAAUUAGAACUAUCGAUCCAAUCGGAGUACUAAAUAGACGUAGGCAGAGGUUACGAAGGAGGCAGUAUAAAGUUAAAGCAGCAAAUUAUUUAUGGCACAUGGAUGGCAAUGAAAAACUUGUUAACUGGAAUAUGUACAUUCAUGGUUGUGUCGAUGGCCUAAGUCGAAAAAUUAUCUACCUUGAAUUAAGUCUUACAAAAUUAGCUGAAGUGGUGUUGGAAUUCUUCACCCGAGGAGUAGCUGAAAAUGGUCUGCCCAUGAGGGUGCGUGGCGAUCAUGGAACUGAAAAUGCCCGUGUUAUCGACUUUAUGAACGACAGACGUUCAACCAUUGACACUCCAUUUAUUUUAGGUAAAAGUGUACAUAACACAAGAAUUGAAAGAAUGUGGGGGGAAGUAAACAGAAUUGUUAGUUAUAAAUUUCGUACCAUUUUUCAUUAUUUAGAAGACUGUGAAGUUUUAAGCCAACUCUCAUUAUUAGACCUGUUCAUCAUUUGGUAUGUUUACUUUCCCAGAAUCCAAAAAAGUUUAACAAACUUUAAAAACUCUUGGAAUCAGCAUGGACUGAGCACGGUAAAUAAUCGAAAUCCUAAUGAAAUAUGGCUUACCAGUUUAAUACAACUUAGUUAUCAAAAAGAUGUAUUUGGGUUAAGUCUGGUUCCUGAGCGUUUGAGUUUUAAUUCCAAAAUAAGGAGUGAAUCGUUCACUGAUAUCCUCCUAAAAAGUAAUCUUGGACUCGAUUUAAAUACAAUUGAACAUUACUGUGCAAUCUUUGAGGAAUUAGUUCCUGAUCCUAUGAUAGACGAUAACCGAGAAGGAAUAAAUCUUUAUUUAACGUUGCGUAAUCAUUUCUAUAAUGAGUGAAUUUUGUGUUUAAAAGAACAAUUCCAUUCUUUCAAACUAGAGCGCUUCUCUAUAAAUUCAAAAACGAACAAAACGCACUUCUACCUUUCAUUGUGUUCAUUGGGUGAAAAGUAUCGUGGGAAAAGGUUGCAGCUGGUUUUUUGGUUAAAAAACAUAUUGCAUUAAUUUUUCUUCAGCUCAGACUCAGAGAAAAACAAAAUUCUAUCCUUUGGACAAGUUCUUCGUCACAUUACUUAUUACCUUAAAAAAUUAAAUGAGCCGGGAGGAUAUUUUAAUGUUUGAAGGAUCCAUUUUUGUGUUUUUGGGGCCCUUAAAAAUCGUGAGCACCAAAAAAAUUUAAAAACCUACCCAUAACCGAAAACUGGUGACUUUAAAUAACCUGAUUUUUGAGGUUCCUGCUCUGAAAAAGGUAUGUGGCGCGAGUCAAAACUUGGUCUGAUGGCGCUUAAAAAAAAAGAGAAAAGAAAAAGGAAAGAGGGAAGGAGUUCAAUCAGUUAAUCUAAAUGUCUUCAGGCGAUUUUAAUUUACUUUGUUGUUGACAUGAGCAAUAACAUGAAUUUCCCCGUAAAGGCAAGUAGACAGACUUUUUACUUGCACUUCUGGAGUGCAGGAACUUCAAAAAUCGGAAUGAUUGAAUUUUUGUCCUCUCAGUUAUAAGUAGGUUUUGAAAUUUUUUAUGAUUCUCAUCAUUUUCAGUAACCCCAAAAACAGAGGCAUUGACCCUUGAAACAUUAAAAUUCCCAAUUAGUAUAAAUAAGUUACGUACUACAUUUAUUUAUUCAGAGAGUAAUUAAAAGUGGCAUUUUCCCCCAAAAUUGUAAGUAAAUACUCUUGAUAUGGAAUAGAAUAAUCUUGAUUUCAAGAAAAUAUUUCAAUUCGUUUUCCAAAAAAAAAAAAUUAGAGGAAAUUGUGUGUUGUCACAAUGAGUCUGUUUCAAACACUUUUUAUGUAGCAAUUUCAAACAUUAAUUCAUAUAUAGUUCUGCGUAAAAAUAUCAAUUGGCACGAUAAAGACUCUAAAAAGUCACUCAUAAGUUUUUGGAAUAUCUUUAAAAGUAUACGUAUCUUCAAACGGCGCCGACUCCAUUUCUGUACUAAUUAAAUGGAUUACUUUAAGAAGAAGAGAAUAUCCUCCAGAAUUGGCUCCCCCUCAUGCUUUUUCCCCCAUCCAGCUUUUCUUUAUUUAAGAUAUAACUAAUUAAGGUGUCAGCAUAAAAAUUUUAUGGAUUAUUCUCUGUAUAUAAGGGAUAGUCCCUGAAAUUUUCAUAGUGAUAUCAUCAUUAGUUGUCCUCCAAACGAAGAAUAACCAGAAAAGAAAACAGGCAUGAGGCCCACCAAUCCUUCAGGAGGAUCUUCCCCUCUUCGUCAAGUUGCUCUGUGUAUUUAGUACAGAAUUGGAGACCACACAGCUUGAAAAUAUUAACUUAUAAUAUUGUAUGGCCUUAGGAGUUUGUAAGAGUUUUCAUGGUACCCAUCGUUAUUUUUAUGUACAUAAGAAUAGUUGCUUCAAAAUGCUGUAAUAACUGUUAACAACAGACCCAUUGGGCUAAGUGGUUUUGACAUGAAGCUAUCCAGCUACAGAAGCUCAUUCAUAUGUUGCAAAUGCCUAUUUUCUUGGAGCAUGUUACAGACUUAAAUUUUUCAGUCCAAAAGACUGUUUUUGAGAUGUAGGUCUUGUAAGUAUUUUACUUACUAUUUAUGAUGAAAAUAUGUUUCAUAGCGGAAUUUUGUAUUCGUGUAUCACUCCUAAAUAAUUUUUUUCAAUUAUGAGUAUAUUUUGUACCUGAUAUAUGAGCUACCUAAUAAAAUAACAAAAAUAUAA